AUGGAGCACAAACAGCCUACCUUCAUACCUACCACGGACGCAAUCGAAAUAGAUUACGAGUCGUUGCCGGAUGAUGCUUCUUUGGCGGCCCAUUUGGUUGCUGGUGCAUUUGCUGGGAUUAUGGAGCACACGGUGAUGUUCCCUAUCGACUCGUUAAAGACCAGAAUGCAGAUGUCGUCCGGACCUUCUAAUUCCACGUCUUUGAUUUCGAAAUCGAUAAUCCAAUCCAUAAACAAGAUUUCGUCUGCCGAGGGUGCCUACUCUCUCUGGAGAGGUGUCUCAUCUGUGGUGUUGGGAGCGGGGCCAGCUCACGCCGUGUACUUCCUGGUCUUCGAAGCUUCCAAGACCUUGUUGGUUAAUAGGUUCACCAACCUGAAGAACUCAAAUAAAAUAGUCACCGACGAAAACCACCCAUUAAUUGCCAGUGGUGCAGGGAUAGCUGCCACCACGGCAUCGGACGCUUUGAUGACCCCGUUCGAUAUGUUAAAGCAAAGAAUGCAAGCAUCCACUUCUAUAGCAGCAUCUGCUGCUGCCCAAAGGUCUGUGACAUCCUCAAUAAAUAAUGCAGGAGCAGCCGCUACUAGUGUUGCUUCCCACCCACCACCACCAGUCGGUGCUCAUGCUCCUGCUAAUUCAGUCAAGUUAUUCAGAUUAGCAGGUGAAAUUUACAAGAAAGAAGGAUUUUCUGCAUUCUACAUUUCAUAUCCUACUACAUUGUUCACAAACAUCCCGUUUGCUGCGCUUAACUUUGGCUUCUACGAGUACUCAUCUUCAGUUUUGAACCCUACAAACGCCUACAACCCAUAUUUGCACUGUGUUUCAGGUGGUAUUGCCGGUGGUAUAGCAGCUGCCUUAACCAAUCCAUUGGACUGUAUCAAGACUGCAUUGCAGACAAGAGGGAUCUCCACUAACGUUAACAUGAGAACUGUUACUGGGUUCACUUCUGCUGCUAGUGCAUUAUUUAAAGAAGGAGGUAUCAGGGCAUUCACGAGAGGUUUGAAACCAAGAAUUAUCUUCAACGUACCUAGUACAGCAAUCUCAUGGACCGCAUAUGAAAUGGCCAAGGAACUCUUAUUGAAAUAA